UCGCUUUUGUCUGCUCUGUUCUUUCUCUCUCCUCUUUCGUUCCCUUUAAAAUGGUGUAAGAGGAAGAGAGCGGGAACGUGUAUCGUACAGCUCCUCUUUGCUUUCUCUCCUGCAGAGCAUUUCUUGCUUGUUCUUCCUUGAAGCUCAAUCUCUUGCAUUGAGAUCCGCGCUUCGGUUUUUGCCUUCCAUUUCCAUUUCUCCUCCAAAGCUUUUUCAGCUUGCUGUUAUGGCUCCUUCACCAAAUGGAACAACAAACAAUGCUCAUCCUUCCCCACACCCACCACUAAAUGAGAGAAUACUUUCAUCAAUGACUAGGAGGUCUGUUGCUGCACAUCCCUGGCAUGAUCUUGAAAUAGGACCUGAUGCUCCAAAGAUUUUCAACUGUGUGGUUGAAAUAGGAAAAGGAAGCAAAGUGAAGUACGAACUUGACAAAAGAACUGGUCUGAUCAAGGUUGAUCGGAUUCUUUACUCAUCUGUUGUGUACCCUCAUAACUAUGGCUUCAUUCCUCGAACUCUUUGCGAGGACAACGAUCCCAUGGAUGUCUUGGUCAUCAUGCAGGAGCCAGUUCUUCCUGGAUGUUUUCUGAGGGCUAAAGCUAUAGGCCUUAUGCCUAUGAUUGACCAGGGUGAAAAAGAUGACAAGAUUAUAGCAGUUUGUGCUGAUGAUCCCGAAUAUCGUCACUACAAUGACAUCAAGGAGCUCCCACCACAUCGAUUGGCUGAGAUUCGCCGCUUCUUUGAAGACUACAAGAAGAAUGAGAACAAGGAGGUAGCUGUGAAUGACUUUCUGCCAGCCGCUGAUGCCUUCAUGGCCAUCAAACACUCAAUGAACCUCUAUGCAGACUACAUUGUGGAGAGCUUGAGGCGGUAGUCACCUCUAAGCAAAAUUUGUAAUCGUGAUUACAUUCACAUCAUAAUACAUUGGAAAGCCUUCAUCGAAAUUGGUUUUGUUUCAAAGGGAAAAAGUUCGUCGUCUCUAUGGUUUGUUAAUAUGCUUUCAUACUUGAAUUUACACUGCUAUAUGUUAGGGAAAAGAUGAUGCUGAUAAAUGAUUGUAUCAAGGAUUGAACCAAAAUAUGUUACACAGCUAUCAUACUAGUGUUAGAGUAAUGGCUUUAUUUUUUGAUUUUUUUUUAAAGCCUAUUGUAAUGAAUCUAUACUUUCUAUUCUACUAGUCUUAUUGGGUUCCAUGAUCAUUGAUCCCA